AUGGAAUCGACUUUGGCGAAGCAUGGAUAUACUUUGAAAGAAUUUAUCGGCAAAGGAGCGUUUGGUAGUGUAUACAGGGCCGUACCGAGUUCCAAGACACAGAUAACUGCUUCGUCCUCUACCAUUGAGGCAGAUUCCGUCGCGGUGAAAGUUCUGACAGCGCAUAAAGUUUGUCAGACUCAAGAAAAUAAGGACAAUCUCAUAUUUGAAAUCCGCAUCCUCAAAAAGCUGUCCAACCCGCACAUCGUGCAGCUGAACGACUUCUUUUGGGAUAGCGAAAACAUCUACUUGAUUUUGGAGUACUGUGGCGGAAACGACCUGUCUUCGUUUCUCAAAAGGCACAGUGCUCUCGCGGAACGAGUAACGAAGAAAUUUCUGCAACAACUGGCCAUCGCCCUUCAGUACCUGCGCUCUCAUAACAUCAGUCAUCUGGAUUUGAAGCCGCAGAACAUUCUACUGACCAGCGGUUGUCCACCUUUGCUGAAAUUGGCCGAUUUCGGUGUAGCCCAAUGCUUGAAAUCGAGCGAUGAAAAACAUGGCUUUAGAGGAUCUCCUUUAUACAUGGCGCCUGAGAUAUUGUUGAGCCACAAAUACGACGCCAAAGCGGAUUUGUGGUCAGUCGGAAUUAUUCUGUACGAGUGCUUGUUUGGUCAGCCUCCAUUCCCGUGCGAUUCCUUGAAGAGUGCGAUACAAAAAUGGCGUACGAGCGAUGCCAUCGUAUUCCCAACGUCGAUAUCUGUUUCGAACAGUGCCACUGAUCUGCUAACCAAACUGCUGCAGCCUGACCCUAACAAAAGGAUUGAAUUCGAGGCAUUCUUCGCUCAUCCGUUCGUCGACGUCGAACAUGCGCCAAAUGACCGAAGUCUGCGCAAGGGUAGCGUCAUUAUGUCCGAAGCGAUGUUUGUGGACAAGGAAGGACGCGUGCCCGAGGCCGUGAAGCUCUACUGCGAUGGAGUGGAGUAUUUACUGGCAGCGUUGGACUAUAUGACGGAUGCGAACGAGAAGAAGACCUUAAGGGAACAAAUAAAGUUUUACCUAAAUCGAGCAGAAGAGCUUAAACGAGGAUUGUCAGCGACCAGAGACCCUGAUCUGCCGAGGGAGCAGCAGUCUUCAGAUCUGAGUUUUAUCGAGUUAGCUUGGUCGGAUACUCCCCAAGUUCACGCAGCUUGUGUCGUGGUGUCAGCCGGUGACGAUUUCGUUUCAGACGGAAAAUACGAAGAGGCCCUUCAGAAGUAUAACUUGGCCGUCGAUGCCAUGAACCGACUUCUGCUUGUCGAGCCGUUCGGAAGACGGAAAGCGCUGCUGACGGAAUUCAUAAAUCAAAUAAACGUGCGUGUGCAGAAUGCGACUAUGAUGAGGGACGUAAUGAACCUGAAUUUAUCUGCGCUGAUGUCUCGUGACAGCCUGAACUCGAAUGAAGCCGAGAACAGUCUAAUUUUAGCCGGUCAGAAUCAGUGUGCGAUUCAAUGA